AUGGCACAACGUACCGCAUCACAACUAUACUUCGACUUAAUACGUCUGUUUAAACAAUGGCCAAUUGAUAAAUCGAAAACAGGUCGUGAUCUCGGCGAAAGAUUACGAGAACAAUUUUCCAAAGCAUUCGCACUUGGCGAGAAUUCUCAAGUGAAUGUUAACGAAUGGAACCAAUUCUAUGAUAGUAUGAAAUUAAUCAUAUCAAACGAUAUUAAAAAUCGUUAUCCACGCGAACGCAAUUGGACAGCAUCGGGUUUGAGUCGUGAACAAUUACGUUUUCUCCUUUCAAAUAAAAGUCUUCAAGCUAACCGAGAUUUCAUGAAAAAACUCAAAUAA